CCGCCGGGCCGUUUGAAACGCAGUGUCGAGUCGGCGUCGCUUGAGAGAGGACUUGUUUUGAGGAGAUUUCGCAGUGAAAAAAGCCACGUAUUCCUAAAAUUCCGGUUGAUUUUUGUCCAUCAUGUCUAUGAGAACUACCACACAUCUCAAUAGUAACCUGGGGCAUGAUCUAAACAAUCCCCGCAAAGUAGAGGCCAAGAUGAUCCAGGGGCCGGUCGCCCGUCGUGCUUUCGGGGAUGUUGGCAACCGCGCUAUUCCUGUACAAGGGCCCAAAGCUCCCCUCAAGCCAGGGGAGAUCUCCCGCAAUGAGCCCACAAAGCUGCAGAAGCCCAAAGCCGGCCUCUCUGGGCUGCUCGCCAGAUCUGGCAAAGAGAAUGUGAAGCCCCUGAAGGAGGUGGUCGAACAUGUGGAGCAGAUGGAUGUGGAGGAGGAAGCCAAGGUUGAGGAGCUGGCUAUUGCUUUCUCAACCCAGAGACUAGAUAUUGAAGAUAUUGAUGCCCAAGACAGUGAUAAUCCCCAGCUUGUAUCUGAAUAUGUGAACGAUAUCUACAAGUAUCUGCGAGAGCUGGAGGAUGCUAACAAAGUUAAGGCGAGAUACCUAGAAGGUCAAGUAAUUACUGGGAAGAUGAGGGCAAUUUUGAUUGAUUGGCUUGUCCAGGUUCACCUCCGCUUCACCCUUCUUCAAGAGACGCUGUAUCUGACUGUUGCUAUCAUUGACAGAUUUCUCCAGACACAGAGGAAUAUACCACGUAACAAGCUACAGUUAGUUGGUGUGACUGCCAUGUUCAUUGCUAGCAAAUAUGAAGAGAUGUAUUGCCCAGAAAUUGGGGACUUCGCAUACAUUACAGACAAAGCCUACUCAAAGGCAGAGAUUCGUAAAAUGGAGGUGACCAUGCUGAAUGAGCUGGGCUUCAAUGUAUCCUAUCCCCUUCCAUUGCACUUCCUGCGAAGAAACAGUAAAGCUGGCUCUGUUGAUGCUUCUCAACAUACCUUGGCAAAGUACCUGAUGGAACUUUGUUUGCCCGAGUACAGCAUGUGCCACUACAAGUCGUCAAUAAUUGCUGCAUCUGCUCUCUGCCUUUCACUUAAAUUGUUGGAUGGCAAUAACUGGAGUGACACAUUGACUUACUAUUCUCGCUACACUGAAGAGCAGCUCCUGCCAGUCAUGUGCAAGAUGGCGUCAGUUGUAGUUAAGAGCAGUAGUGCUAAGCAACAGGCUGUAAGACAGAAAUACAAAGCCAGCAAGUUGAUGAAAAUUAGUGAGAUUCCCCAGCUCAAAUCGAAGCUCAUCAACACGCUCGCAGAGAAGAGUGCGUCUUAUGCAUAAGGUGGUUGCCAUUUAUAAAGUAAAUAUUGUACAUGUUGAAUGAAUGGACUGGUUUUUGUACAUAUUACUUUAAGGUGCCAGUUUCUUUUUUAUAAGCUUUCAGAUUUAUAGAAUACUGACUACCAGUAUUUGAUUUAUUUUACAAGACUGGUUCUUUGGGUUAGCAUGUAAAACCCAGAGUGACUGGUUUUGGCAUCUAUCCAUAUAUCAUGGUCUUCACUGUAUUAAUAUAAUUUUAGACAGGACAAAAAUGGCUAUUUGAUGAAAGGAACUUGUAAAAAGUAUAUGCUAUAAUGUCUUGUACUGUAUAUAUGAUCUGUGAUAAACUUUUAGUUAUGUCUUUAUGUAUACCUAUAUAAUAAACCAGUUUUAUGCAAGAUCUGUACUCCACUAUUUUUUAUGCCUUUAGUUAUAGAUUGCAACCAAUAAGUGUGGAUUGACAGUAAAAAUAAGUUGAUUUAUGGAUAUUGUUCAUAACCAUUCCUUUCCUAUAGUUUUCAGCAUCACCAAAGAAAAUAAAUAUGCAUGCUUUACUUUAUAAAUGCAAAAGAACAAGUUUGUGUGCCAAAUACUGUACACAUUUUAUUCUUUAUUUUAGAAUCCAGAUGUUGAUUUUAUGUGCAGGAUGCAUAUCACUUUAUGCAGAUUAGGUGCUUUCCCAAAUGUAAUUUUUAACUUCUGUACUUUUAAAAAUAUUCCAUAAUUGUCACAGGUAUAUUUUUUGUAUGGUAAUGCAGUUUCGGUAAUUUAGGAUUAAUGAAACAAGGAAUCCUGUUCCAACAAUUUUUGUUGUACCUUUUUGAUCAGCUGCUGCUUUGGGUGGUAGUGGUCCCAAAACUUGAGGGACAAAGAUUGAAGUUGUAUUUAGCGGCUCUUAAAUAGGAUACUUAAAAAAGAAGAAAAAAAUAUUUGUUCUACUAUUGCAUCCUAGAAAAAAUCUAGUUCUUGACCUAAGGAUGUAUUAAAUUGUUCUCAUAUGGAUUUGACUAGACUAAACCUAGGUGCUAUAUUCUUAGUAUAUUUCCAGUUCAAAGAAAUGUGAAUGCAUGUUACCCAUACUCUGUAAUUUUCAGUGAAG